CACUCAGAGGAAAGUUAGUUUUGUCAUUCAUGUGGAAGCCUCUUUGUGGAUACAGACCAGGAAAGGUCAAGGCUAUCUCUAAUUGGGAGACGAGUACCUUCCAACAGAAUCACUUUGGGAUAGAGACACAGAAAAAACUCAAGGCCCGAUUUUAACUGAAAACAGACUUCAUACAUCACUCCCAAAAUGAGUAAGCAGGAUGUUCCUUGCUCAACUGUGAGAUUUAAAAAGUCUUCAGGGUUGCUUUACCAAGUGAGGCCUGAGGAGACUCAAAGGCCCAGGGAAGCUGGCUGCAGAGUCCCCUGGCAGCUCACUGUGAUUGCUAUUGGAAUCCUCCUUUCCCUUCGGCUGGUUGCUGUUGCAAUGCUGGUGACAAACAUUUUUCAGUAUAAUCAUGAAACACAUGAACUGCAAAAAACUCGAAACUGUCACCAUAACUGCAGCACCAUGGAAAAGGACAUCAAUUUAAAGGAAGAAAUGCUGAGAAAUAUGUCUGUAGAGAGUGUUCACUACAAUGCUCUUCUGGACUUAAUAAGCAGAGAAGAGAACAGAUGGUACAACAAAACUAAGACUGUUUUAGCUUCCCCUCAGCACAUACGUAUGUAGCAGGGGAGGACCAUGAAUUCAGAAUUGCAUUAUCAUCUAUUGUUGGAUGAUCUUUUAUGGAAGCAUUGAAGGCCAUACUUCAGCUUAAGAUUCUGGUGAUCUCUGGGUUAAUCAUUUGAGGGUUCCUUAUUUAUGUAAGGUCUUGGAAACACAGAAAUCCCUGUCUGGGUUAGGAGAAUAUUAUAGUUUCUGUAUUUGGGACACUUCUAGCUACCUGAGGGUGGACUCACAAAUCAGUAAUUGUGAUAAUUUUUUGGUCCAAGGGAAAGUCUGAGAGUCCCUCUUUGUUGCUGACAUUACACCCAAGUUCUUUUUUCCCUUUUCCGGUUUCACAGACAUAAGUCCCCUCUCCCAUUCCCUUCCCCAUUCAGUCCCCCUUCCUGCACCCUGACAUUCCCCCACACUAGUGAUCCAGCCUUGCCAGGACCAAUGGCUUCUCCUCCCAUUGGUGCUUAACAAGGCCAUCCUAUGUUAUAUAUGCAGAUGGAGCUAUGGGUCAGUCCAUAUAUUGUCUUUGGGAGGUGAUUUAGUCCCUGGGAGCUCUGGUUUGUUGGCAUUGUUUUUCUUAUGGGGUUGCAAGCCCCUUAAGAUCCUUCAAUCCUUUUUCUAAUUACUCCAAUUGAGUUCCUGUUCUCAGUUCAGUGGGUUGCUGCUAUCAUUCGCCGCUGUAUUUGACACUCUCACAGAAGUUUUUAAUAGAGUAUAUUUUUCAAGUAUUCAUUCUAAAAUAGACUUAAAGAUUCAUAUGGGUGCAGUUAUAAAAAUAAUGGUGUGUGUGUAUGUGUGUGUGUUUUUGUGUGCAUUCACACUUGUGUGUGUGUGUGUGUGUGUGUGUGUGUGUGUGUGUGUGUGUGUGUGUGUAUGUAUGUAUGUGUCAUCUGACUCGUCUUCAGAAAGUUGGCCUGUUGGUAAUAAAGGGAUCCUCCCUGGAGUGUACAGGAGCGCUUAACCAUGGUUUGCAGACAUUGCACCUAUGUCAGUGACACAUGAAUGAGACUGAAAAGAUGAAAAUAUCAAGUGUCACAGGAAACCUUUCGUAUUCUUCAUUGUUACUGGUCAUUCUCAACUGAUAACGUUUAUCAAUCAUCAUUAAAUAUUUUUUCAAGAA